AUGGAAUUACCAACCACACCAGAAGAAAUUGACAUUGAAGAUUUCUUUAAAGUUGAUUUGCGUGUUGCUAAAGUUAUUGAUGCACAACAUGUAGAAAAAGCCAACAAGUUAUUAAAAUUAACAUUGGAUUUAGGUUUAAAAAAAGUAAAGCCACAACCACAAGUAGAACAAAAGUCACCAGAAGAAAAUAUCAACACCACCACCACAACUGAAGAAUUAAAACCAACUGUUGAAUCACAAGUUACAGAAUCACCAGUACAACCAGAAAGAGAUAUUAGAACUGUUUUUAGCGGUAUUAAAGCAUACUAUUCACCAGAGCAAUUAAUCGGCAAGAAUGUUAUCUAUUGUGCAAAUUUAAAAAAGAGAACUAUGAAAUUUGGUGUUAGCGAAGGUAUGGUUUUAUGUGCAUCUGACGAAGAAGGUAAAAAAGUUUUAUAUACUACCACCGAUGAUGGUUCUGAACCAGGUAUGAGAGUAUUUUAA